AUGUUGAAGAAGCUGAACUCAAUGUUUCGCCCACAUGAGGAACGAAAACUAAGUGAGUCCGGAGGAAACAAAGAUUGGCAGAGAGAAGAGUGUGAGAUUAGGUUGGUCCGCAGCACCUCCCUCUACCUGAUGGGGGAAUGUCACCAGAGCCUGGGCAGUUCUCUGAAACGGAGCAAGAGUGCUGUAAGUGUGAGUUCCUCUCUCUACAACAUCACAGCUGAAGAUCGGGUCUGGAUGUUGUCAAGGACACAAGACUGCCUACAGUACCUACAGGAUCUGAUAGUCCUGCGCAAACAAUACCGACCUGUUAGUAACCUCAAUAAGUGCAAGGAGAAUAGGUCAGACCUGUCCUCUGCAUCAACAAAGCCUUGCAAAUCUAGCAAGAAAGUGUCAGCUUCCAAACACACCUCCAAAAAACCAAAAGGUGAAUCUAAGCCUGCACCAUUGUCAACAGAGGCUGAGACGCUAGCCUAUUUUGAUUCGGUCAUCGCAGGCUUUGAUCAGGAAAACAAUCUCAAAGUUCAUCCAGCAGAUGACCCGCACAUUGAUGUGGAUUUUGUUAUUGCCACGAGCACGAGUGAACACAGUUUACAUUCGAACUGGAUCCUUAAGACACCAAGAAGAUAUUCUAUUGAUAUUGGGCAUUUGACAAAGACUGAUCACUUACCUCGGAGACACAGUGAUUGGAUAGGAUCGAGCCUCAAAAGGUUUGAGCGACGCCCAAUGUACCUCCCGAAAUUAGUCGAGAGCCCAAUUCACACAUUGCGAUUUAAACCGAGAGCUCGUGGUGAGGAUGAUGAGUUCUAG